AUGUAAUAAGAUUCUUAAAAGAAGCUCAUUAAUAUCUUGAAAGAGCAUAAGUCUAUUGAUGGUACACCUCUAUUCAAGCAUUUAGUUUAAACAAUACAUAAACUUGUUAACGAACAGUCCAAAUAAUUUAAGGAUUUAGAAUUUUUUGAAUUACUCUCAGAUUUCGUAAAAAAAAAUAACUAUGUCAAUAGAAAGCCACAAUCAGACUCUGAUGUCAAUAAUAUAAAAGAAUAAUUUGGAUAAAAUCACGAAUGGAUUUAAAAAUGCUAAGCUUUAAUAAAGGAGUCCAAGGCUGUUAAAAGCAACUAUUCCAAAGUUCUUUUCCCUGACUUUUAUAAUGAAAAUUAAAUGUUGUAAAUGGCUGGUAUUGGAUUUGGAGAAGAAGAAUCUUAAAGAAUAGCAAUGAGUAUUAAAAAAUUAGCAGAAGAAUCAAAAGCCUCUUAGAUUCGUUUCUGGGGAAAGAUUCUUUGCUCAGGAAAAGAUUAUUAUGUAGCAGAAGGUGUAACUUCCAAUGAAAAUGCAGAUUAAUUACCAAAAGAUGCUGAAAAAAAGGGUGAAGGAGCUAAUUUUUAUACUUUUUGGGUCACACAUGAUGUACUUGGUGAAUGGAUGGAAUUGCCUUUAGUUACCCCCUAAUAAGUUGUAGCAGCUAGAUAAAUAAAGUAUAUUUUUACUGGAGAUUUAAAUGCUAAUGUAAAAUCUUAUCCUCUAUUCAAUGGAAAGGAAAAGCACCUACUAAAAGCACAAAUUGCAAGAAUUUCUUGUGCAUGCGUUCUUUCUCCUAAAGGUUUGUAUUAAGCUUUGGAUGACCCUGAAAAACCCAAUCAAAUUGAGCUGACUGAAGAACCUUUCAAAUUACCAGAAUAUGCUGAACUUAAAGAAUUGACAAAUUGGGUUCAUUUACACACCUUCUUAAAUACUCAGGGAAGAGCCACAUUCUAUAUAGACCCAACUCUUGAUUAGGAAAAAUAGGAUGCUCUUUAAGAAAUAGCCAACUCAGAUGAAAAUCAAUCUGAAAGAUUAAAAGAAAUAACAGAUGAAAAAACUCCUUAUCCAGGUGAUACCGAAAAUGAAGAGCCUAAUCCUAAUUGGUAUGUGAGGGAAUAUGGUGACCUUUAAUAAUUCAAUUAAGAAGAAGGUACUGCUAUAUAUGGAGUAGUUGUACUUCGUAAUAAGACAUGGAAUGGUCACUAUACUGUUUGCAAUAAUUAAAGAUGGUCAAAUAUUUAUAUUGGUUAUGGAUUAAAGACUAACCAAAUUCCAUUUGUUCCUCCUCAACCUGAUGAUUUAUAAGCUGAAGUUGAUGAUACUGAUGAGUUUCCCGAACCUAACCAUAAAGAUCCUCCCCCUAAAGAAGAAAAUGAAGAAAAUGCUUAAGAAGAAUAAGAAUGA